AUGUUUCCAGCCCGCCCAGGUAACAUGGUCAAUCCUGUACCUUUUAUCACCCCCAGAAGAGGUGAUCCUAAGCCUGUUUUGAGGACCCCGUUAGCUGCAAUCACGAGCGAGGUGUUUCACUUUCGAGUUGAAACGCUCGAGGGCCCUCCUCCUCCUCCUCCUCCCGCACCCCCUCCCGCCUCCACGUUAUAUCUCCGCUCGACCUCCGGGGGCGCCCUCGCACCGCCCCGCAGCCACGAGUAUGCCAACACCAUUUACGCCCCGCCCCCGCCCACCCCCCCGACGCCCAUUUACCCCUUUUCGACGCUGACGGGGGACGGCCAGACACGGACACAAGGGGCCCCCGGGGGCCCCCAGCUACGACCAGGCGCCGCACCCCCACGCGGGCCAGGAGGACAGGGGCCCUCCUGGGCUACGGAGGCACCCCCCGCCGGGAAAAGGGGGGCCCGGGCAAGGGGGGCCCCGCACGUCCCCCACGCCCCCUGUGACGAGCCCCGGACCCGGAGGGCUCCCCCGCUCGUCGCCCGGACCCCUCGAGGGCCAGCAAACGGAUCUAUUUCGACGCUCCGGGGACAGGAUCUCAGCUCGACGCCGAACAAAAAGGGGCGUCGCCGAAAAGCCCCGGCGCCGGGGCGAGGUAAAUCAAGGGGCGGCGGAGGGGGCCCAAAGUACAGCUAA